UGACCAAAUUGCAGACUAAUUGUUUCCAUAUUGUACUUAAAAUGAGUUUUUAAAAAUAAAAAAAGAUGACUAUAUACAAUUAAUGCUAUUUAUUGUACCUCUGGGCCGACUCUUCUAAAAAUUGUAGCUUAUUGAAUUUUCUCUGUCAAGCUUGAACCUAAUGUAAAUAAUUGAAAUAAUGUAAAGUUAUAUUUUCAUGUUUUUAUAGAUACAACAUGACAAGAAUACAUAAUGUAAGAGUAUUCCAACUAUGGAUAAUGUUGAAUGGAUAAUGCACAUCUCAGUUACAAGCAGUAAUCAUAGUUUAAUACCCAUGUAACGGUGCAUCAAUAUAUUGCUAUAUAAAUAUGUCUGUGUGCAUUUAAGUGAAAAGUGGUCAAACAAGAGUGAUGACAGCUGUCUGAGGUUUUUUUAAUCAUUUUAUAUAAAAACUGUUAUGGGAAGACCAAAAUGUUUAUGAACUAUUCUUAUGUAAAUUUACAACUGUCCUUUACUGUACUUUUUUGUUUACAGUAUAGUACCUUAUUUUCUGCUGUGUUAAGUGGGUGUCAAAGUCCAAGGAGACAUACACUUUCUAUAACUUCUAUUGAAGACAUUGGAAUUUCCAAUUUUUCAUGUGUACUAUGUCAGAAAAUGCUUUUGAUUUUAUUUUUAAAUCUAACAUCGGAUGGCUUUUUCUCGGAGUGCUGUAAAAACUUCAAUCAUACAUAAAACAUGUUCUUACAAAAGGCAAAGAUCUUUAUUUAUUUUUUACUUAAUAGUUCUUCAAACUAAUAAUAAUGAGAAACCAAAAAUGUAUUUAGAUUUGUUCCCAAACGCAGCUGUUUCUACGGCACAAUGACAUCUUUGCUCAGUUUACAUGUCAGCCAGGUGCAAAUGUAACAAAAUACAAUUAGCCUCGAUUUUUUUAGGUAAAAUAAUUUACCAUUUUAGAUAUUCCAAACAUGCAGUCGUUAAGUGCUUUGGGCAUAAGUAGGAAUAUGGAUAUUGGUUAAUUACAUUUCUCAUUUUAUAACAGACUAGAGGCCCGGUGCACGAAAUCCAUGCACUCCAGGGGGUCCCUCAGCCUGACCUGCACCCUCUCACUGUCUGGGAGCUCUCAGUGGAUAUCAGACUACCACAGAGGCAGGAGAGGCUCCUGCCACCGCUGCUGCACUCGCCAGCUGUGAGCCUGGCUCAGGGCUUCUGGCUGAGCAGCACUCCCCCUGUGGGGGCACACUGGCCACCAGAGGGCAGCUCCUGUGUUGAACAUCUGUCCCCUGGUGUUCAAUGUACAUCAUAGUGACUGGCCAUUCCACUAUUUGGUCGAUUUGCAUAUUAGCCUUUUAUUAUAUAGGACACACUCUACUGCUAAAAUGUGUCCUGCUUUACUAUCUUCAGCCAUUGCACUCGCUGUGCUGUGUCCCUUCAGCUGCUAUUAUAGGCACAUUAACGAGCAGGAAGGUUACUUUAAAAAUUCCACAAGGUAAAACAUUUCCAGGUUUACAUGUUUCAAAAAUGCCUUCAUUUAUUGUUUUACUGGGAGUAUUAAUAACUAGUACUCUUGAAAUUUUUAUUGCCUUUUUGCAAAGGUGAUUAUUUUCAUAUUUAGAGAGUUCUUAGGCAGAGUCCAAAAAUUAAGACAUUUUAGUUCUUCAAAACUGCAUAUUGAAAUUUCUUUUAUAACAUUUGGUGGAUUUUAAUAUAUUGAAUGUGUUAUAGAUGAAUACACCAAUACAUCUGCUUAAAAAUAAUCUUAACUUUUCACUCUGUAAAUGCUCUAAAUAUUUUUGGUGGUUGUGGUAGUCAAUUUAGCAAAUGAAGAGAAAUAUUAACAAUAUAAUAACCCCACAGAGUAAUUUCAGUACAACACCUUGACAUACCAUUAAAAAUCACUUGUUGAAACUAAUUAGAAUAUAAUACAAUGUGAUUUCUUCCCUUUUCUCUGUUCCCUGUCUCAUCCAUCUCCUAGAGCUGUCAACCCAGUAAACUGAAACAAAUAACUCAAGCAUCACUUCUACCUUGAAAUGUGUUUCUGGUAUUUAUACUUGUUUUUAGGUUGGAUAGAGUUUAUUACAUAUUGCACUUGAGAGCCCACUAAUAUGUCUUGUAAAAUGAAGUGUAAUUCAGGCAAAUAUUUCACUUUUCUUCAUUUCAAAUGAAAUAAGUAGCUUGAUUGAUUGAAUUAGUUACAUAGGUUCUCUGCAUUAUCAAUUUUAAAUAACAUGGUUUUUUAAUAAUACGCUAUAAACUUUGAAGAGUUUAUUGGCUGUUUAACAAUUUUUAUAUAAACUCUCAAAAGAGUAUUAAAGGAAUUAGGAGAAUAGUGUAACUAUUUAAAAGUAGAGUAAAUUUUGUGCAAGGGAUUCCAAUACUUAAAAUUGGUUAAUCACCAAUGUUAAAGAUGGGUAAGUACAAAUAAUCGUCAUGAUAUUACCAAUGAGAAUUUGAGGAUGCAUUAAGUGAUUUGUGAAAGUUGCAUCAAUUUUUUUUUUAAAAGGAGGAGUUCAUUCUCUUAAUGUGUUGUUUUGGCUACACCACAACACUGCAAAGUCUAUCAGAUACUAAUCAACAAAUUGCAUUUUCUCUAUUUUGUGUUUUAAAAUGACGACUCAUAGACAGCAUAUGGCACUCUAAGUACAUGAAGGUUCAAAGAUAUUUAUGUAAACAUGCUGAUAUUCAAGCACAGAGACUAACACAAAUGAUCUCAUAACCAAUGCAAGUAAGAAAGUGCCUAGAGGAAAUCUGGAUCAUAAGAAUUUGUACGUGUAUAUCCUGUCUCUAUGUAUUCCCUUCUUGCUAUGCCAUUUUACAUUCUCUUCCUGCCAUUUUUAAAAUAUGUUAUACUUCAAACAGCAUCUCAUUUUUUAGUUUCAUUCAUCUUGCUUUCUGCUUUUUUUCCUGUGUUAUCCCAUCUAUUUCUGGCUUGUCCUUCAUGAGAGAUUUUGCUUUGAGGGCACUUAAAAUGCAAUUCAUUUUGUCAAAGACAGGACUGACAGUUUCAGAGUCUUCUUAAUAACUAUAAUAAAUGAUGAAGAAUUUCUUGCAUGAAAUAAAAAUGUCCUGUUAAGCUCUAUUUCUGCAUCCCUCACAUAACCAGUGCCGAUGAUUGGAAAAUUUGUUAUAUUCCUCCAUGUACUUACGGAGCUGCACAUUUCAUCGUUUCUAUAGGAAAUGAGAGGCCUUUCCAGGAGACAGGAAGAGUAGAAAUUCUAUUUUUAACAUGUUUGCUCAUCAGAAUUUCUUUUAAAAGACACUUCACAAUGAACAUAAGCCAAAUCUCCACUUUAAUUCCACUCUCAAACACUUCCAGAUUAUUCUUUAACUGCCUUUUCCCCCCAUUAGCUCUAAGUCAGUUUUGCCAUUUCAGAGCCAAAUUCCUUUUUGGAUAUGCCUAAACUCACUGUUACUUCAUUGGAUAUGCCUGAAUUUACUGUGAAUGACUUUGGUCAUUUUUCUUUCUUUUCUUCUUUCCUUUCAGGUUAAUGUGCCAAUUUCAUUUUAUUGUAAAUUGGAAUGUGGGGGAGUGGAUUAAACACUUGGGAGGGAGUCAAAACCAGGAUUCUAGCUUUAUCUCCCCUUGUUUCAAGCCUCCCUUUGUCUGUCUUCUCAACUGGAGUAUGUGGAUACUAGGACUGUCUCAUGGGAAUGAUGAAAGGAAAUGUCAUAUGAUUAUUUAAAACAUAAUGCAAUAUUGUCUCUUCUUAAAUGGUUUGAAGGAAUGAGUUCAUGCACCGGAGUGUCACUUGGUACAGAAAAAGGUUUUGUUAUAAAGUUCCAAAUUUGUUUUAAUCCCUCAAAACAUUAGAAAAGCAGUUCUAUAACUUUCAUUUAUUAAUUCAGUUAUUCAUUAAUUCCAUCUAACAAAUAUUAAUUGAAUUUACCUUGAAUAAAUAUAGGUGAAAAGUAGGAGCUGCAUUUGUAACUUCUAUUCUGAAGGUUAAGCAUUAUAUUUUCUUUAAAACAUGUACUUUUUUGAUCCCAUUUAUUUAGAAAUAGUAUGUGUAUAUGGGUAGCCUUAUAAUACUUAGAAGUUAUAUAUUUCUGUCUAACAAUUUUUAACUCAAGACAUUCAAACUUUAAGUUAGAACAGAUAUUUGAUAACUAAUAACAUUCACCAUCUCCUUAACUAUAAAUGCAUAUUUCUUCUCUCAAAAAUUGUCUUAGAUUGUAUUGUCCAUAAGUUUAUUUGGUAUUCAAUCAAUAGUUCUAUUUUCAAAGAGUCAAAUUAAAUCCAUGAACAAAUAUCACAAUUUGGUAAUUCUAAAUUGUUGCUGCCUGCAUGGCUUACCUAUAUCUAGAAUCAAUUUCUUUAGAUAAAAGUUCAAAUAUGAUUCAACAUAUUUAUGGCCAGUAGCUAAGUUGUAUUUUGCAUUUAAACUGAAACUAAAAUUAAGGAAAAAUAUAUAUUAAAAACAGGCUGGUAAUUUCUCAACUAUGAGCCUGUCAAUCUAGAAAUUUUCAUGACAAGACUAAAAUAAAUUCUUAUCAUUUUAAAAAUGUUACUUAACAUUUUUUAUUUAAAUAUUUACAUUAAAUCACUCCUAAAUUCAAUGAGAAUUUUUGUUGGAUUUCCUAACCUAAAGAAAAAUAUAUUUAAAAUUUUGGAAUUUAUACAGUAUAACCAUGGUAUUUUAUUUAUUAUCACCUAUUAUAUUGUCCAUUUGGUAAGAAUCAGAAUCAAAAUCAAUUAUAAAUAAAUUUGUGCAUAUUUUCCAUU